AUGCGUCCACCCGAAACCCUGAAGAUUGAGAUCUCAAAGAACAAGGGAACCGACGAAGAUCCCCUUUUGAGAUGGUUCGUCGAGUUAGACGAUGUCGUCCGGGCCCGUCACAUAGAGGGUGACGAGAUGCAAGUCACCUUCGCCCUGUCGAAUUUGACGGGACGAGCAAAGACUUGGGCCUUAGGGCUCAAGCUUUACGACCCAAACGUGUUUGAGUCGUUAGAGAUCUUGAAGUCUCGGCUUAAAGAGACGUUUGAGCCGCCGAGAGCCGAGUUCAGAGCACGCUCUGCACUCUUGAGGCUAAAGCAAGGUAAGCGUGACGUGCACGCUUACUCACAGCACCUGCGCCACCUUGCAAGUAGCGUUACGGAGAACCCUGUUGAUGAGCAUACGCUCAUCAACGCGUUCAUCUACAGCCUUGUGGAUGGUCCGGUGAAGACCUACAUGUUCCGAGAGGACUUCCAUACGCUGGAAAAGGAGAUAGCGCAUGCGGAACAAGAAGACUUCAGCCUGAGACAGUCUCAGGCUAACUCGUCAAACUAUCGUCUGACGAGGCGGCAGGAAACAGGAGGUCCCGAACCAAUGGACCUCUGUUACAUCGAGAGCGAGAACUCUCGCUCUCUGAGUCACAAGCGAACGGCAAGAUACCACCGCUGUCAUAAGAUUGGACACUACGCCCACAAGUAUAGUGUACCGAGUACCGCAUCACGUCCAAAGACAGGACGUGAUGACCACCGUUGGCUAAGGAAAUGUCCGAGGCGUGGGUCCGACCAUGUCGCCAAGUCGCGACAGCAAGUCGGACCGUCUAAAAACGUUCAGUGUCAGUAG